AUGGUGGCACGCCCUGCCAGCUGCUCAAGCAUUCAGGUAGCUUUUGUGGCAGUCCUGACAUCUGGGAUUCUGCAGAGAUGCAAGGGCCUUCCGCUGCCUUUCGAAAACAGUUUUUGUUUCAGAAGGAGUUGGCUGGAAGGUCGGCCUUUUAGCAAUACCAGCCUUGGAGAAGGAAACGUGAUCUUUGAAGAACUGGACGAUUGGUAUGCGGAAGCGCAACCAAUCUCUGGGGAAGAGCUUCCUUUCCUUUAUGUUCGGACACAGAGCUCCACAGCUCCAGAUGACGCAUUGGAACCGUAUCCUGUGAAGUCCAUGCUGAUUGGAGGCCAAAAUCCUCGAGUCGAUGUGUCUCUACUCGCUUUGGCCAGAGCGUUUCGCAGGGAACGCUUUCCGGAGCUUCCUGCCAAAGCACUGGAGAUUGCAAGGGGAGCGUUGAGAAGAGUCAUGCAGGAAGAUCUGGAGAAGAUGCGAAAGGACAUCAAUUCAACUUCCCAGCUUGCUCCUGUCUAUUGGGACGCAUUGAAUUUGGAGAAGGCGUGGGCGUUUGGUGGAGGGGUGCCAGAAGGUUCCUUGAAUCAUGCCUUGUCCGCCAAAGUUGACGUUCCGGAAGAGAAUGAUGUGGCAGAUUCUGAUGGAUUGAUAAUUGAAACUGAUGUUGCCAUGCGCCUCAUUGCAAAAGCUCUAUCAGAUUUUUAA